AUGGCUUCCAGUAGACGGCACUCUUGCGCCUACACCAUCAGCAGCGACGAAUGGGUAACUCCAUUAUCUUCUUCAGGCAUCUCCAGGGUCUUGCCGAUGGAUGACCUUGACCCCGUGCAGCUUUCCAUUCACUUUGGCUUUGUGAUGAAGGUAUUCACGAAGGUCUACUCCCUGGCUAAGAUCAUGCACGUAGUGUUCAUAGCAUACGGAGUUGAGCUCGAUGACUCGAUCAACGGUCUCACUUACUGGACGAAGCGAGCUGAAGAUGAGAUCAGAACCGAUCAACUUGCCACCCUCAUCGAUAUCGUCGAACACCUUUUUUACACCCUCUAUGCUAGACUGCAGAUCGAAAUGGCCGCUGUCGAGCUCUGUGCUCUGAUCAGAAGAGGAGACCGUCCAUUGUCCACUCAUUUCAAGUUUGUCCUUCCGAACAAUGACCAUCUCUAUCGCAUCUUCACGGCAUGCAAGGACUUCCUUGACUCUCCCAUGGUUUGUGGCAACCCUAGAGCCGCAAUUAUACCUGGGCUCGUGGUUGAGUUUCAAGAGUGCCACAUCUACAACCUCAUUUGUAGCAAUAUUCUGCAUCGCGUUGAUGACGACCCGAUGCGAUAUCGACGCUAUGCAAAAGCCAUUCUCGCAGAGCCGACCUCUUCUUAUCGCAAGAAAUGGAGUGGUCUCAUUCCCUUUUUUGACGGUAUUCCCGCCGAUGUCAUGGCGAUACUUUGUGAGAAGUACUUCACUGCCUUUCCUAAGAAAGUACCGGAGCUGGACACCCCUCUCUCAGAACUUGGUCUUGUGGAUCCCAAAACGGAGGCUUCAAGCCGAUGGGAGGAGAAGAUUAUCCAAGACCACCGAUUGUCUGCCCUUAGCAUGCUGGAAGGCAAAUCCAUUGGUGAAAUGCGCCGCGACGACCCCAAAACGAGCAUCUACGCACUGUCCAAAACACACAAGUGCAUCUGCAAUUCCGUCUGUUUCUGCGCCGAGGCCUGCACCAGACACGAUGGCGUUGAAAAGUGGUGUCCUUGUGCCGAGCGACACAUUCGUAUCAUGCUUGCUCGACGCCGCAAGCCGACUGGGGGAGAUAAGUUCCAUGUUCGCGCCAACACGCUCGCCUGGGUCUGUUUCCAGGGCUUGGCAGGCCUGAAGGAAGAUGUCCAAGAGCGUCAACUGCUGCUUGAGGUGUUUGAAAUGUUCAAUAUCUUUGAUAUGGAGAUACAGAAGCAGCGGUCUGGACUGACGGCAGCCCACUGGGGCUAG